AUGAGAAAGAAGCGACCAGCGCAGGAUGAAGGAGAAUCACACCGCUCGAAGAGAGUGAAAGCUAAAGACGAUGAAGAGGACCAGCACGGAUCAGCGAGUCCUGCUAUCGCUCCCACUGAUGAUCAGCCAGUAGCACCUACUUCCGCAUCUCCUAGACAUGAGACGCGACAGUCGGCUACAGAAUCUCCACGAGCUUCUGUACCAGCAGCACCAGCCGAUGAAACCACCACCAUAUCGGUGCAGGGGCCUGGUACUGAAUUACAAACGACCUCAGAAGCACGACGGGUGUCAAUCGGUGAAGCGUUCGAACCAGCACCGGUCGUCAGCGAGGACUUCAUCUCGGACAUUGCUAUCGCUCGUGAGCUGUUGGUGGCACUCAUGGGGUCAGAUCGUUUUCAAAGUUACCUGCGAGUCUGGCACAGGCAUACUGUGACUUGGGUGCUGAAGUGGCUCUACAGCUUUGGAUGGGCGGCGAACUUACGUGGACGAAAGAGUGCUUCCGAAUUGAAACAAGCGCUUGAGUUCUUCUGGGAUACAGUCUGCUUUCGUGAAGAAGAUCCAUCAGCAGGCGGAGACCUUCCAAGCGGGGCGUGGUCGGAACAUUGUCAUCCAAAAGGUGAGGACGGAAAUCAGCAAGAUGCCUCUGAGUUUUACAGCUGGCUGUUCGAAACGAGCUUGGAUCAAUUUGACCUUGACGCCUCACGUCGCAAGGGUUUCGAGUGGCUCACACAUCUCAGACUGGUUAGGCGAACUGAAUGCUCGAAGUGCGAACGAGUCGAAAGAAGAUAUCCUGUCGAGCCAUGGAAGGUGUGGCAAGUUCGUUUGCCUCGGAAGGACGAAAGGACUGAGGACUGGUAUACGGAUCUUUCCUUGGAUGGGGUGAUAGAUGCAGCAAUGCAAGAAGAUCCUGAACCCAUGAAUUGCGAUGAAUGCGAAGGGGAACACCCUGCUCACAGCUUCUUGAGGAUACAACAUCCGCCAGCCGUGCUUACCAUCAGUUUCAACAGAGCCGUCCAAAUCAUAAAACCAGAUCCCAAUCGAGAGCAACGACAGAAAUACAAAAAUGGGCAACCAAUGACCAAGUCUGCAAUCACCAAAGACCUAUCGGCUGUGCGGAUACCGAAAGUUCUCGACGUAAGCAAGUGGCUCAAUCGUCACGAGUUUGGCGAAGGCUCUAAAAUUCUGUAUAGACUUGCUUCUGUUAUAUCGCAUAAAGGCACCAGUUCCGGCAAAGGACAUUAUGUGUCCUACGUUCGAGGAGGCACGGACCGAGUCCAGUGGUACGAAGUAAACGAUGAUAAAGUUCAGGGAGCUGACUUUCGUGAUCUAUCUGACGCCGAUGCGGAAGAAUUGAGUCCUUAUGAGUUCAAGCACAGAUUCGUGCCGACUGUUCUGGUCUACGACCGAGACCUCAUGAAUCAGAAAAUUGUGCCUGGAAGAAAUGACGCUAACCUCGAAAAAGCCGGAGCGAAACUUGUAGAGCAGACAAGGACCGAACCACUCAUACAAGCAAGCGUUGGAGAGGAGAAUACGACGGUACAGGACGAUCCUGAAAUCGGAACAGACAGAGAGGGAGCUGAGAAUUACAACACUGCUCCCACCACUCCCACAGGAAGUGUAGAACAGCCGACAGAUACACGUACAGAAGCGGUUGAGGUUCAAAAGGUACAAUCAACAGCACGUCUGACACGUUCUAAAUCCACGCAUACGGGUCCUAGGGUCGUAUCCGCAACUAAUCACACAGACUUGGGAGGCGCCCAUGCUGCCACUAGAAACCUUGCGACCGACGGUGGUAGAACUGCAGCAGCUAAGGGCCAGCCUCUGAAUGCGAAUGACAACAAUGGCAUGAAACUGGAAAUGUCCAAUGUUCACCAGAUAGAUGCCGUUGAGCCGCAAGAUUCUGGUACAGAGGGAUCAUCCUCACCAGAGCCCAACGCCAAUUCUCAAGUUGACAGAAUAUCGAUGCAAAGUUUCCGAGGGACCAAAGGCCCGCCCGCCAAUAUCGAAAUGAGUCUUUUGAUCGACAACCACGAAUACAAAUUACCUACCAUCGAACUCGAUCAUUACAACGUCAAGACGAAACGAGGAAUUGGUUUCGAGGCCAACAUUUACGUCAGCAGCAAACAGAAGGGGCACAACAGUAAGAAACUGGAUUUAGCACAGGUGUUCUGGGACGCCGCGAUUGAGGACCGAGCAAAGCAUGAGAUCGACGAAAAGGAGCACAAAAUCAGGGAGGAUCUGAAGAAAGAGGGGUUGAAGGACGAGCCGCUCGAUCAGGCAGUAAAGAAGAAGAAGGCACAGCAACUGAACGUAUGGAGGAAGUGGCGGAGAGCAGAAACGUGGUCCGAACGCUGGAAGCCUGAUGAGUAUGUUGUGAAGAGGUCAGAAAAGAAGGCACCAGCAGCCAAGAAGAAAAGCGAAGACAAGCAGAUCGAACGAACGCAGCAGGAUGAGGAUAACGGGGAGGACAAUGGUGAAGAUGAGGCAGGUGACAGACAGGGGGAGUCUUAA